AGUGGUCCGUCUCUUCUAAACUGUCUUUGGUAAUGUGGAUCUGUUUCAGUUGAAAAUGCAGUCGUUGUUUUCGCUUUUAAACGAGCCAUUAUUUAAUACCACAUGUUUUGAAAAGGUUUUAAACAAGAAAUAUUUGCGCCUGUGAUCCAUUGUGUUUUAAAUGUUCAACAAAGCGGCGUACAGCUGCAGUUUUUGUUCUUUCUUUCUUUUUAAUUUAUCUGGCACGAGUGUAACGGUCAUUUGUUCUAUCAGCCAGAGAAUAUUUAGCAGAGACGGGCCACUUCUAGAAAUUAAUGGGAGAAACUGGAACGGUCAACGGAUGUAGAAUGGGAGUCCCGCCUUACAGUUAAAAGAGCCAAUCAAUUUGUAGAUAGGAGCUGUGCAGUGGCGGGACGUGCUAUCGCUCUCCAAUGAAGUUUCCAGCAGUACUGUGUGUUGUGGCGCUGCUGUGUGAGUGGGUUCGGUUCGGUGUGGCGUGUUCGGGGCUACUGCUGUGUCGGUCCUGUGGGCAUGAGGUGGCGGAAGACACGGAUCUCAGGUUUGUUCCCAGCCGUCUCGCGCUGUCGCACCGGAACGACACCGUGAUCGGAGAGAAGCGGGUCUCCGUUCAACUCUUCGAGAAUCCUGAAGGCUUCCAAUUUGAAGUCAUAACUUUUAAGAGCGCAGAUGUUCUGAAGCACUGGCCGGCGGACCGACACUUCACCUGGUAUCCGGGUUACUCGUGGACCGUUGCUACCUGCCCGCGGUGCAAAACACACCUAGGUUGGGCUUUUCAGCCCAGUGACUGGCCCAGGACGGUGACCCGAGACGAGUUUGAAGGUUCGGAUAAGACAUUUGUGGCGCUCAUCAUUGACCGAUUACUGCAGGAACACUUUGCAUCAACACUGCUGAUGACACCCAAAUCUUUUAGAAGUUGACAAUUUGUCCUGCCAUAUUUUAUGCCUUCAUUAAUAAAACAGUUUUAUGGGAAUUAUUUAA